CAGAUGAAAACUGACAGCUUGAGGUAUGAUGUGUGUGUUACAGUUUUGACUGUAAGGGGAGAGCACAAGAUGUGACCUGUGUCAGUAACAGCUUUCAACAUCCCGUGGUUAUUUCUUUGGCGUGGCAGUAUUAAAGAACUGCACUGGAUCAGUUACAUUAUUCCUAACUUCAUCGUUGGAUAGCAGUAACGCAAUCUGCUUGUCCAGUUGAAGAAGUUUCAGCAUUAGUGUCCAAUUAUGUUUCGCAAAUACGUUCUUCCCCAUAUCUUCCCUACCCUGAGUGCCCUUUGUGCUGUACUGAUACUGUGCUGCCCAUGCUCAGAUGCCCAUGGUCGAAACAGGCCGUCCAGGAACCCUUGUCCCGCCACACCUAGCUGCCAACAGAAUGGUGUAGUUACUUGUCAAGGAUGUGGACUCCCAACGUCUUUCGCAUGUCUUUAUGGCAGUAAUGGUUGCGACCCCAAAAAUGGCUGUAGGCCUGAAUGUAUGAAUGGGGGUACUAAACAGGCGGACGGGACCUGUGUUUGCAAACCAGGCUAUAUGGGAAACAUCUGUCAACAUGACAUUCGCACAUGUCAUGACAUCUACAGUGUUGCACCGGACUCUGCUAGCGGCGAGUAUACUUUCUGGACUAAAAAUGGCAGUACCAUCCGAGUUUGGUGCCGCUUCCGCAGCAGUGACAUCAUCACCUACUUCUCCAAAUCCGCUGUAGCCACAUUGACAACCGAGAAGUUAAAUCUCCACUUCAAUACUAAAUCCAAAGUCAGCUUUGUUGCAAAGUGGACGGACAUGACACAGUCCGAAUCCACAAUCUCUCAGCUUGAUAGGUUUUCAUUCCUACCUCUUGGCAUCAUGGCCAAUGAAUAUACACUCUACACAAGCCCACAUAAUCUGAAUCUAGGUCCCUAUCUAUUCCUGGGUUUUCAUCCCCAAGUCCUCCUGUCGAAUGGUUUCGUACACGGAUACAACGCAAAUGGAGUUGACAAGUCAUUCAGAAAUUGUGACGGAAACCCCAAUGCCUAUUUCACCUUCUAUACGAAUCCCAAUCAGCGUUCGCCUUCAAGGACAGGAUGGGUGAACCCUCGUCAUCCUAUGACGGAUCACUGGAAUUCGGGUGCCCAGAUGUUAAGUACACCUGACCAUCUCAACGACGACUAUUUCUACGACACGGAACUACACUUCGGGGGAUGUGGUACUUACGCCAUCUCUACGAGUAAUCCAAGUCUCGACGGCAUAGCUCUCGGGGUCGUAUAUGUUCACAGCUAAAUGUAAGGGCCAACCCUUGGCAAUGGGAGGAUACAACGUUGCCGUCAAAUCCCUCAAGAAAGUAGGAAGAAGCGCCCUGAUUAUGCCUGUACAAUAAAGUCAUUGAAUAGCAUGCAUUCAAAUCGUAAUUUCUUACGGACACCUAUUUCUUACCUACCCUUUCUACCACUGAAACUGACAUGUGGUUGAAAUAGUAACUCAUAGUAACGGUGAUUCGUAAAUAAUCAAGUUUCGAUCAGACAAUCCAGUGAUUGACAUGAUUAUCGAUCCAAGCAAUUUGGAUACGAUGACAU